GAGUCGUACAACUGCACAGUUUCUCAUAGCAUAGUGAACUGCACUGACUCGCAUAGGGUGGUAAAUGUCAGCUUUUGGGUGUGUUUUCCUGCAGCGUGCGUAUAUAUGAGUGAGGACAUUUAAAGCUGAAGUCUCGUAACUCGCAGCUCGGUUCGCUACGCUGAGGAAUCCAUUGAGAGAAUUUCGCAGCGUUAGUCAUCGCGACAACUAUCCGCAGUGUGUGUAACAGUCGCCUAUAGCCUCUCUUGCACUUCUCGCACGAGAUCCACAGUGGGAGCCGCGCAGGGCUUGGCUACAGACGCACGGUGCACCGCUUGCGUGAUUUCUCCCGCACCCACCACCCGCAGAGGUUUAACUCAGGCGGCCGGCAUGCUCACACGCCGGUUGGGUCGGUGGCGGUGUGCCGGUGGGUGCCCGGGUCAUUAGGGUGUUUGCGCAGGACGUGGCGAGCCGACGCCAGUGACCGGGCAGGUGAUGUUUGCUCACGUAAGCUGCUCGCGUAUGAUGAGGGGCGCAGGGGACGCGUCUGGAGGGUGCGCGCUACUGUUGCAUCGCCUCACCGGAUAACCGCUGCUAUCUCAUCCUGUCCGUCUCUUCCUCCCCCGGUUUUUCUGUUCUUUUUUAAAUUUAUUGUUUUGCUUACAGGAGAGGAACUAUUUUCACGAGCGUAAUAAGUGGAUAAGGGACCCGACCUUGCGUUUGCGUGUGCGUGGAGUGCGUAUAGUUUCUUGUGAUUCCUCUGUACGCGCAAGCUGCUUUUUUUCAUACCAGAGGCAAUGCGCCCACCCAUGCGAUGCUAGCCUAUUAGCUGGAUAGAGAGUGAGAGAGAGAGCGAAAGAGAGAGAGAGAGAGAGAGAGAGAGAGAGAGAGAGAGAGAGAGAGAGAGAGAGAGAGAGAGAGAGAGAGAGAGAGAGAGAGAGAGAGAGAGAGAGAAAGAGAGAAGAGAGAGAGAGAGAGAGAGAGAGAGAGAGAGAGAGAGAGGUCCAGGUUUCAGCCCUGGAUUCGAGAGGAGGCUAAUUUACGAGUCUUGCUUUGCCUUUCAGGAAAAGGGGAGAUAAGAGGGGGAGGGUGGUUGGUGAAGGAGAAUGCAGCAAUCACAUUUUUAAGCAUGCAGAAGCGGGCCGUUUCCGGUUCCUAGGCUGGUGUGUGUGUCCCCCAUCCGAGGCCAGCAGCCGUAUGGGGAGAGCAGCGGCAGACACAGAUGGCAUGGACACUUCCACAAGGUCUGCCGCUCUGCCCUGCCUGCUCUGCCGGAGCCCGUUCGCCGCCGUCUCUCUCUUCCAGCUCGCUCCGCCGCCCAGCAGCACUGCAGCACAGCACAGGCUGACGGCAUGAGGCUUGAUCCAGUGCAUUUCUCCAUGCUGGUCAUCGGGGUCUCCUUCGCCUGUUACGCCCCGAGUCUCAACUCCCUCCAGGACCAGGCGUACCGAUCCGCCGUGGUCAUCGAGGGCGAGGUGCGCUCCUCCCCGGAGAACGUCUCCUCCCGGGAGCCCUACAGUGUGAAUGUCAAAGUGCUGGACGUGUGGCCCGUCAACAGCGGCGGCCUCGAGAGGGAGCAGCUCGUGACCGUCGGGGACUUCGGCUCCGAGGCCCCGUGCACCACGGUGGAGAAGGACCACAGAUAUAUCUUUUUCAUGGACCCCACAGCAGAGCCCUUGGUAUUCAAGGCAUCGUACGCCCCUGUGGACGCCAGCGAGCCGGAGCUGAAGAAGGAUGUGGAGCGAGUGUUGUGCGAGGACUGCGCCUCUGCUCCUAAGCUCCGGCUGAUGCGAGGCCAGGCUCUGGUGGAAGGGGAAAAGCUGUACUUGAAGUGCGAGGUGUCGGGGAAUCCCAACCCUUCCUUCCGCUGGUACAAAGAUGGACACGAGCUUCAGAAAGGCAGAGACCUCAAAAUAAAGACCAACAAAAAAAACUCCAAACUGCAGAUCAGUCGAGUCCGUGUGGAAGACUCCGGCAACUACACCUGUGUGGCUGAAAACUCACUAGGACAAGAAAACGCCACGAGUAUAAUCAGCGUGCAGAUCUUGACCACCACCACCCCGUCAUCAGGUGUGAGUCAUGCGAGGCGCUGCAACGACUCGGAGAAAGCGUACUGCGUCAACGGAGGCGACUGUUACAUCAUACAUGGUAUUAACCAGCUGUCCUGCAAGUGUCCCAAUGACUAUACGGGGGACCGCUGUCAAAACUCCGUCAUGGCCGGUUUCUACAAGCUUCUCAGAAUUGAAUUUAUGGAGGCGGAGGAGCUCUACCAGAGGCGGGUGCUGACGAUCACAGGCAUCUGUGUGGCGCUGCUGGUGGUUGGCAUCGUUUGUGUGGUGGCCUACUGCAAAACCAAAAAGCAGAGAAAGAAGAUGCACAGUCACCUACACCAGAACCAGAACCAGUGUGUGGAGCAGCCCAACCGCAUGCUGGCCAACGGGCCCAACCACCCCGGGCCCGGCCCCGGCCCCGAGGAGAUCCCCAUGGUCGACGUGAGUCAAAACUGUAGAAAUACACACCAGAAUCAGUACAUCUCCAAGAGCGUCCCAACGACAGAGUGUGUGAUCAGCCACGGAGCUGAGGGUGCAGGAAACUACGCAGGCAGCAGAAUGUCAACCCGCUCCCACCACUCAACCACUGCCUCACACGCUUCCAGACACGAGGAGCAGACGUGGAGCAUGGAGCGAACAGAGAGUAUGAACUCAGACUGCCAGUCAGGAGGGCUGUCCAGCUCUGUGGGAACCAGUAAGUGCAGCAGCCCGGCAUGCAUGGCGAGGAGGGCCACCCACUGGGGCUGCGGGGAUAUGUCCGGGCCAGGAAUGCAGUACGGGGAUUCCUACGAUUCUCUAAGAGACUCGCCUCACAGCGACAGGUAUGUGUCGGCGCUGACCACGCCAGCACGCCUGUCUCCGGUGGAGUUCCACUAUCCCCCGUUGCCGCCCCAGGUGCCCACCUUCCAGAUCACCUCGCCCAACACAGGCCACGCCCUCUCGCUCCCCCCCGCCGCUGCAGCCUACCACAGAGAGGACGACCAGCCGCUGCUACGAUGCCCAGAUGAUGGAAGUUUAUACAGGCAGCCCCGGCGUCCGAGGCGACCUUACCUGACGGAGAGCACAGGAAGUCUACCGUCGAGCCCCUAUCGACUCCCUGACGAGGAGGCCUACGAGACCACGCAGGAGUACGCCUCUUCGCGAGAACCCAUCCGCAGCCGGCGCCGCCCGCGACGUAACCGCCUCAACGGACACAUCUCGCAGCGUUCCACAGGCCUACGGGACUAUAGCUCGCAGAGCUUCAGCCAGUCAGAGGAGGAGGAGGAAGAAGAGGAGGAGGAGGACACUCACGGGGAGAGCACACCUUUCCUUAGUAUGCAGAACAUGAACAUGGACCCACCCUUAACCGUGCCGGGUUACCGCUCGUCCUCUGGUGCGGACACACGGACUCACCGCGGGCUGAGUCGGCCGGGGACGCGCAGCAACGGGCAGAGCCGCGGCGCCCAGUCGCACCGCUCCAAGGCUGACAACAUGCCCCUUUAAGACUCAACCCCCCCUGCCACCACCCACCCCUCCACCUCACACACUCCCCCUCCUCCUACACACAACCAGUGGACUAGAGACCUGCACCUAGGAGAAAUAUUUUUAUUUUGUAUAACAGACAGAUAUUCUAAACAAAUGAAAUAUUUAUUUUCAUUUCAGCAAAAAUUGUCUACUAGCUAACAGCAAAGACUUUUUUUAUAACGGGGGGAAAUAUUUAUAUGUAAAGUUUUUUGAUUUACAGCAUUAUGAGAGAUGAAAAAAUAAGAGAAUUACGUGCCAAUUUUUUCACAAGUUAGAUAAAUAGAAUAAUAUUGUGGUGCCUUUUGCUGUAUGCUGAAGUCGGAGGUCCCAUUGAGUUUUUGUAGCCUUUCUUAUAAAGACUCCUCGUUUUUUAUAGAGACCAACCCUCUUCCUUUUGCUUUGGUUUUUUCUCUGAUUUGGGAUCUUCCUCUUUUUUGAACUGUGAUCUGAUUAUGUCAUCAUGCAAUAUUGAUUCCUCCUGUGUUAAAGGUGUCUGUUUACAUGAGUAUGAUCCACGCGAUGCGCUCGUUCCACAGGGACAUUAGUCACUGACGCAACCGGAAGUGAAGGGUAGUUUUUUCUCGGAUGAAUCCCAUCGGCCAUUCAUGUUCUUGUUCGCUGCCUGUCAGUCAUUUGUUGUUAUUUCUGUGAAAACAAGAGUGUUAGGAAGUUGUUGAGGGGAAGUAAUUUCAGAUUCCUGUGUAGGUGUUCAGGGUGCUGCCAUGACAUUGGUGGUGGAUGAUGUGCGUGUGUGUUUGUGUGCCUGUAUGUACAUGAAGCCUAAUUUGGUUGACGCCUCACUUUGGAAAGUGUUUGCUCCUGUCACCAAUCCUCACGCUGCCAGAAGCUCCAUUGCACUGUAAGACCCUCCCUCCGUGAGCAGCCAUUGGCCAGGGAGCUGCCGAUCCAAACCUAACCAAUCCAGUUGUAAUCUAGCCUGACUCUGGCCUCCCAUGGACUGCCCAGCCCGCCCGUUUCCUAUGCCAGCAGCUUAGAGCCGCACUGUGUCUCAGGACUUCCCCAUCACAUCACCGCCAAGAGACUCAAAGCAGAGAGCGCACGUCCAUCCCAGUCACAGUUCAGUCCGCAGGCCAGAUCCACAUCCCCUCACUCUACUUCCUGUCCGUCCGUCCGUCAGGUUUGUUGCGUUCACUCGUGGCCACGAUUAAAGGAGCGUAGGAUUAAAAAAAAAUAAUAACUCUUGGAAUCAGAAGGGAGAUUCAGUUUUUUACUUUGUGUGUGUGUAAGUGGGCAUGUGUGUUGCUGAUGAUGAAAAAAGAUGCAGAGAACUCAUCUGUUAACUAUGUUGGGGCAUAGCUAGGAAUUAUGGGCCCCUUGAGAGGAGGAUAUUGCUCUGGGUCCCCUUUUUUUGUUUUACUGAUACAAAGCUACUACUUUUCGAGCUCUCUCUAGCUGUGGGCGCCAUGGAAUCGCCUCCAUCUUUCACCCCCUAUAGCGACGGCACUGCUCUGACGGGAAAAAGUGGGUAGAGAGCGAGUUUUUUUCUGAGACCGAUUUUACUUUUUGUUUAGCUCACAGCCAAACGGUGGUAUAUGAUAAUACUGAUUUCUGCAUUUUGCAUUCCUAUAUCUUUUAUUGAUUGAACUUAUUUUGCUUGGUCAUAUUGACUGAAUGAUCUGUUAUUUGUCUGUCUCUGUCUGUCCCCCCUCCACCUCGCAUCGCCACUCGCCUCUCCACGUCUUUCUCACCCGCCUUACAGACCUUCAGAAGCAACUAGCAGAUGAGUUUAGGCCCCAUGCUGAACAGCACAGUAACAGUAGGCUGAUGACAUCAGAAUCUCCACCUCCGGGUUUAGACAUCCUUUCAAGCUCACUAAGGAUAGUGAAACUGUCAGAUACAAUACGUGUCCCUAUUAGAGUUCAUUUCCAAUUUAUUUUGUUGUUUUCUUUCUUCACACAGGAGAUGCAUGGAUCACAGAUAAUGAAAUUAUCUUAAAAAUGGCGACCAACCCCUCAGGGGAAAUCAUGCUAGACAUUUAUAUUUAAAAAAUAACAUUAUUUGGGUUCACGACCCAAAGUUCUGGCUAGUUUUGUCUUACUAUCACUGUAAUCAAUCUGGGAUUUGCAAUGUGGAAAUAGUGCAAGUGAGGGUAGUGUGCUUCUAGAGCUAGUUGAAUUGUUAACACUCCCCCCCACCCUCUUUCUCCUCCCCCUGCACUCCCCUCUUUGCCCCCUUUACAUGCACACAUACAUACCACACACCAGACACGGCUCACACACAUUAUGAAGCACACACUGAGACAUGCACACACACACACAUGCACACACACACACACACACACACACAUGCACACACACAUGCACACACACACACACACACACACACACACACACACACACACACACACACACACACACACUCAUAUGACACACACACAAAGCCUUUACCAUGUUUGUGUUUGUCAAGAAGUUUGCCUUUGUCUUUUUUACCUCCCGACUCCCUCUCUCCUCCCUCCUCUCUCCCCCCCCCCAAACCCCUCUCCUAUCACCCCCGACCCCUCUGCAUGUCCUAGUGGUACUGGUAGUUGGGUGCAUGGAAAAAGCAGCAAGCAAAUCGUUUUUCCACUCGGUGAAAAAAAAAAAAAUGUGUCUUCAUUUUAACAUUCAGCAAUAAAUCCCCUUUCUCUUCAUGUCCAUCAUUUCUUGGAAUAUGCUAGAAGAUUUUUUGCAAGUUUUAUCAAAAACAUACUACUUGUAAAAGAAGAAAAAUCCAAAACCACCCCUUCAUAUGAAAAAUAAAACUUUAUUCCUACCAUUUUGGAACAGUCCUGUCAUCUUUGUAACUAAAAACAACUGAAAUGUGUUGUUUUUAAUUUACAGUGGUUUAGAAUCUGCUCUGUUUUAUAAAGAAGGAAUAAAGGCAAGAAGCCAGUGCACCAA